UGGCCAGCAGGAACCCUCAGGAGGGGUUCAGAUUGCUCAAGGACCCACUGGAGAGACCAGGCUUAGGCUGGGUUGCCUGGCCUGGGAGGUCUCUGAGCAACAGGUCAGGGAAGGUCCCCAGCAGUGCAAGGUGGUGUGACUCGCCUCCUGCCAGCGUAAAGUGGACUCUGCCCCCAGGACAGGAACUAACCAGGCAGGGCCUCUUCAGUCCCGACUUGUGAACCCUGAUCAGUGUGACCAGAGCCAAGGUCAGAGAAACAUGGAGCCCAACACUGUCCAGCUGACGAGGAUGGAGUACGCCAUGAAGUCCCUCAGCCUUCUCUACCCCAGGUCCCUCUCCAGGUACGUGGCAGUCAGCACCUCGGUGGUGACCCAGAAGCUGCUGUCAGAGCCCAGCCCGGAGGCCCCCAGGGCCCGGCCCUGCAGAGUAAGCAGUGCUGACCGGAGUGUGCGGAAGGGCAUCAUGACACACAGCCUUGAGGACCUCCGCCUCAAGGUCCAGGAUACCCUGAUGCUGGCAGACAAGCCUUUCUUCCUGGUGCUGGAGGAAGAUGGCACAACUGUAGAGACAGAAGAGUAUUUCCAAUCCCUGGCAGAUGACACCGUAUUCAUGGUCCUCCAUAAGGGGCAGAAAUGGCAGCCCCCAUCAGAGCAGGGCACUAGGUACCAACUCUCCCUCUCCCGUAAGCCUGCCGAGAAGAUCGAUGUGGCCCGAGUAACCUUCGACCUGUACAAGGUGAACCCACAGGACUUCAUUGGUUGCCUGAACGUGAAGGCGACUCUCUAUGGCACAUACUCCCUUUCCUAUGAUCUGCGCUGCUACGGGGCCAGACGCGUCAUGAAAGAAGCUCUCCGCUGGGCCCUCUUCAGCAUGCAGGCCACAGGCCACGUGCUGCUCGGCACCUCCUGUUACCUGCAGCAGCUCCUGGAUGCCACAGAGGGAGGGCAGCCUCCCAAGAGCAAAGCCCCAUCCCUCAUCCCGACCUGUCUGAAGAUACUGCAAUGAAAGCCCAGCCAAGGACUAGACCGGGGACCCCAUGCUCAGCUGGUAAGCACCCACAAGCCUGGCAGCUAGACAGCUUCUUACCUUCCCAACACCUCCCUCAGCCCCACAGGAACAUGAAUGAUGAAGCAGGGGGAAGGGCCGGAAACCUGGGCUGGGCUGGCCAAAGGAGAACUGAGGGCUCUUGGCCUGGUCCGGCUCCUUCCUGCCCCAGGUAGCUUAGCGGGCCAAGACUGGUCACCAGCAGGCUAUGGCAGGAAGGCUGUCCCUCAGCAACCUGUCUUCACGUGCUACACUUUCAUUACACUGCCUACCUCCUGGCCUCCCAUCCCAAAUGCUCCUGAGUGAAUUGUCAACCCACUCGUGUAUGAUAUUAGAGAGUUCGCAAUAAAUUAUUUACGCUGAUACAUCUUCUUUGCUUC